AUGGUGUCCCUCGUCAACGCCGGCGGCGACGGCGACGACCUGCGCGACCCCGAGGCGCCGACGAACCACGACGAGCGCGCGCUCCAGGAGGGCUUCACGCUGGGCCGCGUCGUCUGGUUCGGCGGCAAGGACGACUGGUGGGGCGACUGGUGCUUCUACGUCGACAACGAGCACACGCUCAUCAGCACGUGGCGCGGCCACGCGCUGCACCCCUUCGAGCGCUUCGACCGCGUCUGCUACUUCCUCUGCGUCGUCUGCUUCUCGCUCUUCAUGUCGGCCUACAUCCAGCACGAGCACCCCGUGCACGAGUCCCUCGCGGUCUACUGCUUCUGGGUCGCGUUCUCGUCGUUCCUGCUCGUGGUCUACGACCUGCUCCUGCGCAUGCUCGCAACGUGCCCCUGCGUCCAGCCCGGCGCGGCGCUCCACGGCGUCUGCUGGCUCUGCCGCGACUGCUUCAAGGACGCGGGCAAGCAGAGCCUCUACAUCGCGUCGAUCUGUUCUUUGGGGCUGCUCGUCGCCGGCGUCGUGCUCGCGGUGACGGCGGACGUGGACCCGGGCAUGUACUUCGCGACCUUCGGCCUCAUGCGCGUCUGCUCCUACGUGGCGGAGUUCGGGCCCCUGGCCUACGGCUUCUACAGCCGCCGCGAGGGCCAGCGCGAGUACUGGCUCGAGGGCGCGCAGGGCGGCGCGUACCCGCUGGGCUUCGCGAAGCCCGACCCGCUCUUCGUCCGCGAGACGCGGACCCACGGCGUCAAGCGCCACUGGCCGGGCUCCGUCGACAACCCCAUGCACGGCGGCCGCCGCAACUCGACGGACCUCCGCCGCGAUCACGCCGCGGCCGCCGCGCGCCGCGAGCGCCAGGUCGAGAUGCUCAAGAAGGCCCGGGAGCAGACGCGGGCUGCCCCCUAUUGCCGCGCGAUGGCCGACGAGGCGGCGUACCUGCUCGCGGACGAGGACGCGGGCCUGCUCGGCGGCGUGCGGGCGCAGGCGCGGCGCCGGUCGAGGAAGCGCUGGGCCCUUGGCACAACAGCAACCCUCUGCGUCGUCGCGGGCCUCUCCCGCGACCGCGGGCGCCUGUCCGUCUGGAACUUCGCGCCGAGCGUGCUCGCGCCGGCGCUGGCGCCGCCGUUGCUGCCCGCGGGCCAGCGCUGCGGCGUGCCGGGCCUGCGGCGGGCCGAGGCGCAGGGCUUCCUCGACGAGGCGACGCGCGCGCCCGGCAGCCACCGCGCGCUGCCCUACUGGAGCAAGGCCGCGCGCGUCGACGGCUGCGAGGUCCACGCCGUGACCCUCGAGCUGCGCCACACGCACCUCGACGAGCUCGAGGCCGCCGUGCUCGCCGCGAGCACGCCGGGCCACGCGCGGUUCCGGCAAUUUUGGACCGCGGACGAGGUCCGGACCCUGACGACGGACGCGGCGGACGCGGCCACCGUCGAGGCCUGGCUCGCGGGGCUGGGCCUCGAGGCCCACGCGACGCGCAGCGGCGGCUUCGUCACCGUCCAGGCGCCCGUGCACGCCAUCGAGCGCAUGUUCGAGUGCACGAUGUUCCUGUGGGCCAAAACGCUCGCGGGCGACGGGUCCGUCUACCGCUGCGACGGCGACUACUCGCUGCCCGCGGCGGUCUACGCGUCCGUCCACGCCGUCUACGGCGUCGCGGAGCUGCCCGUGCUCCUCGGCGGCGCGAAGCGGCACGUGGAGAUUUUGGACGGGUCCGACGUCAGAGGCCACGACCGGCGGAUCACGCCGCAGAAGCUCCAGCGCUUCUACGGCAUCGACGCCGAGUACAUGUACGCUUCGGGCCCGCCGACGCGGGCGACCCAGGCCCUCUUCGAGACCAUCGGCCAGGAGUACUCGCCCCGGGACCUGCGGACCUUCGACGGCUUCUUCGAUCUGCCGGUCCACGAGAACCUCACGUCCGUCGGCGGCCACGUCGUCGACAGAUGCGACGACCCGGGCGACUGCGCCGAGGGGAACCUGGACGUCCAGUACAUGACGGCCCUCGCGCCGCGCGCGCCGACGACGUUCUUCUACGUCGACGACGACCAGGACUUCGACGACCCCUUCGUGCUCUUCGCGAUGCGCGUGUCGAACAUGGAGCACCCGCCGCUCGUGACGUCCAUCUCCUACGGGUCCCUGGAGACGGCGCUCGUGCCCAGCGUCAUGCGGAGCUUCAACGUCGCCGCGAUGAAGCUCGCGCUCAUGGGCGCGACGGUCUUCGUGAGCAGCGGCGACGACGGCGUCGCGAACGUCAUCUCGCGCGCGUCCCAGUGCGCCUACGCGCCGUCCUACCCGGCGUCGUCGCCCUGGGUCGUCGCGGUCGGCGCGACGACGACGACGAACGACUGGGGCGCGCGCGGCGAGGGCGAGGUCGUCUGCCAGAGCGACUACGAGGACUCCGUGAUCACGUCCGGCGGCGGCUUCUCGACGGUCUUCGACGCCCACAACUACACGCGGCCCGCGGUCGACGCGUACCUCGCGUCGCACGCGCCGUUCCCGGGCUUCCGGCGCGAGGGCCGCGCGUACCCGGACGUGGCGCUGGCGGGCUACGGCUACGAGGUCGUCAUCGGCGGCGAUUUGUACGCGGUCUCGGGCACGUCGUGCUCGGCGCCCGCCGUCGCGGCCAUGGCGUCGCUCGUCAACGCCAUCCGGCUCGAGGCCGGCGCGCCGCCGCUGGGCUUCAUCAACCCCGUGCUCUACUGGUCGCGCGGGGCCUUCGCGAACGACGUCACGUCCGGCUCGAACCACUGCGUGUCCCACGCGGCCCACUGCUGCUUCCAGGGCUUCAACGCGGGGCCGGGCUGGGACCCGGCGACGGGCUUCGGGAGCGUCGACUACGGCCGCUUCGAGGCGCUGUUCCUGUCGGACCUCGACGCGGCGACCAUCUUCGCGGCGAAGGCGCGGCUCCGCCUCCGAUAA